AUGGCUUUCCCAUCAUCAAAUGCGCAAGCUGACGUUACCAAAAAGAUUCUGGAAGAUAUCCAAAUCAAAAAGCAACUCUUGCAGAAGGGCGUGAGUCCAGUGACUCCGAAUAUCAGCACUACUCCAGCUGGUCUCACGAUUCCGCAGUAUAUUCAAGCAACCAGUCAAUCUCAGUCUAAUCCACCAGCGGAUAAUUCUAUCAACGCAACGACCAAGGCAGUGUGGAAUCAAGCUCUCAGUCAGUCGUACGGGUUUUUCAUUCCACAAGACUCGCUGUUCGGGAAUAGUAUUAUUCCCGUAUUACCCCGAUUCGAUAACACACCUGCGGCUGGUACUGGCUCAGGAGGUGCCGCUGCAUCAAGCGGAAGUAAAUAA